AUGUGCAAACCACAAAAUAAAUCAAAGCGUCCAUUACGUGUUGGUCAACAACAACAUAUUACAACGGCUCAAGCGGUUAAUGUUUUACUUCAAAAUCCAACAGAAAUCAGUGAAAAUGAUCGACAAUUGUUAAUUCAAAUAUUAACAAAUCUUGGUAAUGCACCACCACCGCCAACAACAACAACUACUACUACAGAAGCACCAUAA